AUGGAAGGAGGGACCGUGGCGAGCCUCAAGAAGCUCCGCCUCUACCGUGGAGUGCCUCAACCUCUCUCGGCGACUGUGAAUGAUGUUCUGAAAACCCUGUGGCCUUUCAAAGUCUGUGCGGAGACAGAGCAAGGAGACUGCACGAAGUUUCCACUUCCGGUGCUUGCACGGGACUACGACGGCGGCCUCCUCGGCAGCUACACCGACGGAUCUCCAGCUCCGUGGCUCCCCCAAACCGGCAGGGGUGUGGCGAGUUACCACUGCUCCUGGAUGGUCCUGCAUGCGCUCUCUGUGAAUGGCGCGGAGGUCUUGUCAGAAGCAGAGCAGACCGCAUUUCACGAAGCUAUCCUCUACCUUGCAAGCCAUUUCGAGUGCAAGGUCUGCCGAAGCAACAUUGCACACAUCCUGGAGCUCUACGGCUUACCACAGGGCUACUUGCGUGUCGACUAUGCCCGAUGGUUCUGGCGUAUUCACAACCAUGCCAAUGAACACACCUAUGCGACUCACUCGCCUAGUCAGCAGCAGGUCGAUGACCCCACGAGCCCCUCCACCAUGGCGGACCGCCGGUCAGAUAUGUGGGCAAGCCCGGACUACUUCCAUCCCUGGUUCAUGUCGUUCUCGGAUGCCUUGGCUCUUUGGACCAUAAAAGCAGAUUGA